AAAAAAACAAAAAAACAUGCAACAGGCGUAAGUCAUCGUCACCCUGACGACUAUCGUCGCCAAUUCAGUCGAGAUGAUCGCGGCUAUCGAUGAUCCCAACCUUUCCUGAUUAAAAGAGAAGAAAAUAAUUCUACUGGUAGCGGUUGUUAAACAGAUUCUUAGUGUAAAAUUUGUGGAAGGAAAAAACCUGCAUUUUUUAGUGAUCGAUCUAUUUGGACGAGGAGCAGAAAACGGAAGCAAGAGAUGGGUCUUCUCACUCACAGAGUCGAGAGGCCUGAGAUCAAACCUGGCGAUCAUAUCUACAGUUGGAGGGCUAUCUUCACUUACUCUCACCAUGGUAUCUUUGUUGGAGGAAGCAAGGUUGUUCAUUUUACUCCUGAACGGGAUUCAAAUUCGGCUGCUGAGACCUCUCUGGACACAUAUGACUUAAUGUCCAGUCGCCCGUCAGCCUGCUCAAUUGUUCCAGACUGUGGAUUCAGGCAACCCAACAGUGGAGUAGUCCUCUCCUGUCUGGACUGCUUCCUCGGAAGGGGAUCCCUUUAUUGCUUUGAAUAUGGAGUUACUCCAUCUGUUUUCCUUGCCAAAGUACGGGGCGGAACAUGCACCACUGCGCCAUCUGACCCACCAGAAACAGUCAUCCACAGGGCAAUGUAUUUGCUUCAAAAUGGAUUUGGGAAUUAUGAUCUGUUCGAGAACAAUUGUGAGGACUUUGCAUUGUACUGCAAAACUGGUCUUCUUACAGUCGAUAGGUCUGGAGUUGGAAAAAGUGGUCAAGCUUCUUCUAUCAUUGGUGCCCCAUUGGCCGCCCUUCUCUCUUCCCCUUUAAAUCUGUUAAUGCCAAGCCCUAUUGGUGUGGCUACUGUAACAGCUGGAAUGUACUGUAUGAGCAGGUAUGCUACUGAUAUAGGCAUUCGAACUGAUGUGGUCAAAGUGGCGGUGGAGGACUUGGCCAUGAACCUUGGUUGGACAAGUCAUCAGGCCGAAGAGGAGCUAGGCUUUAACAGACAAGUUUCCAUCUGAUAUGAAUCUCAUUGUUUGUGUAUUAGGAUCCACAUGCAUUUGUUAUUGACAAACCGGUUAACGAACAAACAUUUGUAUUCGUGAACCUGUGAUAUGAGGGUGUUAUUUUAUGAGCUCCUUGGGAAAUAUGUUGGUCAGAA